UCAGAUAUGGAUGACAGACAAGAGAAACAAACCCACAUCCUCAUCCUAUCAUCUUGGCGCUCUGGCUCUUCUUUCCUUGGCCAGAUAUUCAACCAUCACCCUAACGUUUUCUAUGUCUACGAGCCAGCACGGAUGGUGUGGGUUAAAUUUCCUCAAGAGAAAGCAAGUCUUCUUCACUACCCAGUUCGAGAUCUCCUCCACUCGCUCUUUACAUGUGACACGUCUCCUCUACAUGACUAUCUUCCCCAAAAUGGGCGUUACAUAUCCAAUCUUCCUUUUUGGUCAGAGAGCCGGGCAUUAUGUUCACCACCAGCCUGCAAAGCCUUUUCCAUGGAUACAGAGUUUGACCGGCCCUCAUGCUUCCAACGCUGUGGUUACGUCCCUUUGGAAAAGAUGACCCAAGCAUGUAAAGUCCACAAACACGUGGUACUAAAAACUGUUCGAGUAUUGGACCUUGGCGUUCUUCUUCCGCUCCUCCAGGAUGCCAAGCUUGACCUUAGGAUUGUCCACCUAGUAAGAGACCCUCGAGCUGUGGCUUUUUCACGGCUGAACUUUAACCAUCUAAGGAAUGAGGAUCUCAUAGUGCUCAGAGACACAAAAAACUGGAAAGAGAAAACGGGCACGCCCAACGUCACCAACGUUAUGGCCAAGAUCUGUAGUGCUCAAGUUGGGAUUAAAGAGUUUGGUGAAAAAGACGACAUAUCUCGGCAAGGAUUUUAUAUGAUGGUACGGCAUGAGGAUCUGUCCAUAAACCCCUUGUCAACGGUUGAGAAGAUUUUCAGCUUUGCGGGUCUCAGCCUUACUGGACGCUUUAAGGACUGGUUACACAAUGUCACUCACAAAAGCCAACCAAAACAAGCUGGUUUCAUGAAAUUCGCUGAAGACUCCAAAAAGGUCAUUCAGAAAUGGAGAGGUGGCCUCCAACACAGUGUAGUGUUGGAAAUUCAAGAACAAUGUCAGAAGGCCAUGGAGGUUUUUGGAUACAGACCAGUCAGGACAUUGAAAGAGCAGCGUGAUUUAAACUUCAAUGUAAUGACAGAAAACAAUAAUUAG